UUAUACUAUUUUUUUGUGAUCUUACAAAUUCCAAUUAAAACGUUGAACACUUUGGUGAAUUCCCUUUUAUACGUCCGUCCAAGACAAAUAAAAUCUCGGCUACACAUAAUCAUAAGAAAGUCCUAACAUACAUACAUACAUAAACUACGAAACAGAAUAAGACGCGAAUGUAUAUGCAUACUUAUUGUUUGCACAAAAAGUGGUGCAUAUAUUACAUUACCUUUAACAAUAAUAUAGGGGCCCAAUUUGGAAAAGAUGUCUUCGCAUUCAUCUAAAAAAAAAUCGUCUGGUUUACGCAUGCUGUGGAUACCAGGACGAAAAAGUAAUCCGAAAGGUCGAUUGAGUUCAACAAAUAAACACAUCUCGUACACACCAGCCCAAAAGAAAAACGAGGUGUGGACCUUGGGCGGCAGGCGGGCCCAAAGUGAACUGAUUGACUUGCCCUCGGCGGAAAUCAACCUUGCUUCGACAUCAUCAUUGGCGGUACUGGGUACCAUGUCCUCAACGCUUGUGACAGGCUUGAAAGCAGAAUCACUUCGUGAUAACAUAACGCCAAAUGAUUCAGUUGCUGUUCCAGAAUGUGUUACAUUACCGACAACACCAGUCGCCACAAUAACUCCAAAUUUGAAUAGUCCACUCUCGGAGCUGGCUCCGUCGACACCCUCAACGGCAGCUAUGCCAUCCCCGAUAUUGGUUACCACAGUUGAACACAACAUUUUCAAUCCUGAUGAGUUGCCGAAAGUGCCAUCGCUCGGCGAAACAGAUUUGUCCACAUCAGCUGUCGUAUUGAAUAGCUCGGCUGGGACGACAGCUUCGAUAGCAACAAAUUCAUCCCCGUUGGCCAACCGAAAAGCCCACAGUCAGCCAGCAGCCAAUAACAGCUCCCCCCAGAAAAGCAGAUAUAGGAACCACAACAACAAUCAGGAUGACAUAAAUUCCAUCGAAAGCAUUUCUAGUUUUAAUCGAAUUCAAGUUAACUCCGAUUUCGAGUGGAUCGAUGAAAUGGUGCAAGAACGCAACUGCAACGAGCUGAAGCACAAAAACAAGCGUAAGAAAUCAAAAAAGACACUCCACAGCGCAUCAGAUCAACUGGAUGGAUUUAAAGUAAAGGAGAGGAACGAUACAAAAUCUAUGACACCCUACGAUGACAAUGAUGAGAAAGUUGUUAAGUGUCUGUAUUAUUCUCUCAUGUGCUGCGACUGUACAAUAUCAUAGAUAUAGAUAUAGAAAUAAAAAAAAACAGCAGAAAAAAUGUGCAUAUCGGUUUACAUAUGCAGCUGUAUGUACCACGUAUGCAUUUAAAAAAACAUCUCAAAUAUUUUGAAUGUAUUUAAAAACUUGUACAUUUUUAUACGGAUCAGAAGAUAAUUUGCUAUUAAGUUUUUUUAUACGUACAAAUGCUCUGUUCAAACAAAAAAAAAACCGUGACCAAGUAUUCCAUUAGAUUACAUAAUAUCCACAGUUGAUAAUGCAUCGAAUUUGUGCAGCGCACACAGUUUGAACAUGGCCAAAACUGAAAAUCGAAAUAUUUACAAUAGAAUUUUUGUAUAGAUUUUUACACAUUUUCGCGAUA